AUGAAACUAAUUGGAUUUAGCAUGAGAUCUCAGAAGCAUUAUGCUUAUCCAUCCCUAGCUGGUCAGAGGCCGGCAAAGCCUCACCACAUUGCCCCUCCUGACACUCUCGAGCCAACUCCGCAUGGAACUGACGUAACUCCUCAAGAGUCGCACUCGAUUCCUCUAGGUUCCCCUCGGACAGCCUGCGUCCCCAAGAAGCUUUCUUUGCCCGACGCGGAGAGGAGAAAGACUUCACCUCCUCAAAGCUCUCCGCCAGAUCUUGGAGAGCCUCAAAACGAUUACCCCCGGAGAGCUCCCUUGCCUCCACCUCCUCGGGAGGAGCCUGAUGGGCCGUCGAACCGUGAGAAGGAAGCACAACCAGCAAACGCCCCUCACCCACCGCUACUUCCAGGCCAUCCGUCCGUGAGCCAAGAGGCACCUCCAAGUGCGUCGUAG